AUGGAUCAAGGUAACUCUUACACGAGCUAUAGCAAAGUAGAUGACAAAGCAGAGCAAGCAUUUCGUAGGAAGGCCUGGAAACGUCUCAUAAUUAUCGUUGUCUCUGCCGUGGUUUUGGUAGCAAUCGUUAUUGGUGCAUUAGUAGGUACUUUAGUACCAAAGAACAACGAAUCCAAUGACAAAAAUCCUUCAUCUCAAACUAGCUCAGAUCAGUCCAUCAGAGCCAUGUGUAACGUGACAAGGUACCCAGAUUCAUGCCAUUCAAGCAUGUCUUCAUCUCUUAAAGCCUCCUCGAAUGAUACCAAUCCAAACCCAGACCCUAAAAUGUUAUUCUUUUUGUCUCUCCAAGUUUCACUCAAUGAGCUCACAAAACUUUCUUCUUUGCCUCAAUGGAUCGUGUCCUCAAAUAGUUAUAAAAAUGAGACCAAUGAUCCCCUAGUACAAUCUGCAUUGCAUGCUUGUGAGACUCUCUUUCAGGAUGCCAUUGAUCAAGUCAAUAAAUCCAUGUCAUCCAUGCAAGUAGGUCAAGGAGUUAAGACAAUGUUAUUGAUCUCGAAAAUCAACGACAUCAGAACCUGGCUAAGCACAGCAAUUACUGAUCAGGAUACCUGCAUUGCUGGGCUGAAAAGUACUGGCAAGCACUCGAUAUUAACCGAUGUGCAUCUCGAUUCAUCGCAAACUUUUGACAGUUAUGACCUUGACAUGGGCUUCCCUAGGUGGGUCAACAGAAGGGACAGGAGACUGCUACAGGAGGAAAUUAAUCCUGAAUCAAAUCUAACAGUAGCAAAGGAUGGUAGUGGGGAUUUCAAGACUAUAAGUGAGGCAGUGGAUUCCAUCCCCAGAAAGAGCAAAUCAAGAUUUUUUGUAUACGUAAAGGAGGGUAUAUGCGUAGAGAAUCUGAAGAUAGAAAACCAACAUUGGAAUGUCAUGAUGUAUGGUGAUGGAAUGACCAAGACCAUCGGCUCUGGCAGCUUAAAUAACGUAGAUGGCAUGACCACAUUCUUAUCUCGCACUAAAGAUGAAGCUAAAGUUAAAACUACUACCAUCUUUCCGGAUGUUGAGCUUGACAUAUGGUUUCGGGAAUGGAAGGAGGGUAAAGAGAGAUUUGAAUGGGAAGAGUUUGUGGAGGAUUUGUUAGGAGGUUUGGUGAACAUGAAGGGACAAGCUGUAGUGGAGGAAUUUCACAAAUUAAAGCAAAUUGGAACUAUGAAGGAAUAUCGGAGAGGAUCUAAAAUCCUUGGUGAAAAGGAUGAAUCCAAGCUUUACGAAAGGCUAUUUGGUCAAGGUGUUUAUGGAAGGAUUAAGGGAGAAUCUAAGUUUGGCUAUGAGGAGGUUCAAACCAAUAGAUCUUCGAGAAGCCUUUGA